UAAAUAAUGCUCACUGUUUACUUGUUAAUAUAACUUUGUUCACAACAGAUCUCUCUGUAGUUUAAGGAAAUUCGAUCUUACCAACAAAUUUUACGACUAUUUAACUUCUGAAUACGGGUUUGGAACCUUGGAGGGCGAUAGAUUGAGCUUAACCUGAUAUAUGACAUUAAUUCUUGGUCCGGGCAGAAAGAUAUGCAAAGUAAGUUGGACAAGGAGUAAAAGGUUGAUCCCACAAUGCAAGGCUUCCAAGCCAAAUUUAGAGUAGCGACUCUUGUUGUUGUAGCUGUAUGGAUUGGUCUUGCUGCUUUGUACGGCUUGUUAAAACCAAUUUCAAAUGGUUGUGUCAUGACAUACAUGUAUCCAACGUACAUCCCGGUCUCAUCACCGGAAGGGGUAUCAUCGGCAAAGUAUGGAUUGUAUUUGUACCAUGAGGGAUGGAAAAAGAUAGAUUUUAAGGAGCACCUUAAGAAGCUAAGUGGUGUUCCAGUCCUUUUCAUUCCAGGCAACGGUGGUAGCUACAAACAGGUACGAUCCGUGGCAGCAGAAUCUGAUAGGGCAUUUCAAGGAGGUCCUCUUGAGCGUGCAUUUUACCAAGAAGCCUCCCUAACUCCUGAAGAGGGAGGAUUGGAUUUUGAUGAAGCUGGCUUUCAAUUACCCAACCGCUAUACUUGCAGGCUAGACUGGUUUGCUGUGGAUCUUGAAGGUGAACAUUCUGCAAUGGAUGGUGGAAUACUUGAAGAACACACGGAAUAUGUUGUUAAUGCCAUUCACAGGAUUUUGGAUCAGUAUAAAGCAUCUUUUGAUGUUCGAGCGAAAGAAGGUGCUGCAACCUCUGGGAGUUUGCCAAAAAGUGUUAUAUUAGUUGGCCACUCUAUGGGUGGUUUUGUUGCUAGAGCUGCUAUUGUCCACCCUCGUUUGAGGAAGUCAGCAGUUGAAACUGUUCUUACACUUUCAAGCCCACACCAAUCACCUCCUGUGGCACUGCAACCUUCCUUGGGUCAUUACUUUGCACAUGUAAAUCAGCAAUGGAGAAAGGGAUAUGAGGUCGAAACCACUCGCACAGGACGUUAUGUGUCUGGUCCUGUACUCUCUAAUGUUGUCAUUAUCUCCAUUUCUGGUGGUUAUCAUGAUUAUCAGGUACGGACGAAAUUAGAAUCCCUUGAUGGUAUUGUGCCUCCCACUAAUGGCUUUAUGAUCAGUAGUACUGGCAUGAGAAAUGUGUGGUUGUCAAUGGAACAUCAGGCUAUACUAUGGUGUAAUCAGCUAGUAGUCCAAGUGUCGCACACUCUUCUGAGUUUGAUAGACUCCAGAACAGGCCAGCCAUUUCCUGACACUCAAAAGAGACUUGCGAUAUUCACAAGAAUGCUCCGUAGUGGCUUACCAAAGAGGUUUGAUUGGAUGAUGCAAUCACACUUAACAUCUCAAAAGCCGAAACAUGUUCCUGCUGCUUGUCCCAGCAACGUUCAUUGGAGUGAUGAUGGCCUUGAGAGGGAUCUAUACAUUGAGACAACCACUGUCACUGUUUUAGCAAUGGAUGGUCGGAGGCGAUGGUUGGACAUACAGAAACUGGGGUCUAAUGGUAAAAGCCAUUUCAUAUUUGUGACAAACCUUGCUCCAUGUUCUGGGGUUCGACUUCAUCUGUGGCCGGAAAAGGGAAUGUCAACUUCAAACUUGCCUUUGAGUAGCAGGAUUCUUGAGGUGACAUCGAAGAUGGUGCCUAUUCCAUCAGGACCAGCCCCAACACAGAUUGAACCUGGCAGUCAGACUGAGCAACCUCCUCCAUCUGCUGUAUUCUGGUUGGGACCAGAGGAUAUGCGUGGAUUCAGAUUUCUGACAAUCUCAGUUGCACCUCGUCCGACUGUUUCAGGCAGACCUCCACCAGCAGCAUCCAUGGCAGUUGGGCAGUUCUAUAAUCCUGAGGAAGGAAAGAUAGAAUUACCAUCCUUGUUGAUGCUUCAAUCUAUCUAUUCUCAUAAGCAGGACAUGCUUGUGAAGGAGGAUCAUCCUCUUGCUCUCAAUCUAUCUUUUGCCAUUAGCUUAGGCCUUCUACCUGUUACUUUGUCAUUGAAAACUGUGGGCUGUGGAGUUAAAAAUUCUGGGCUACAAGAUGGAGAGGCUGGAAAUGAAGAAAACGGUAGGCUUUGCAAAUUGCGCUGUUUCCCACCUGUAGCACUUGUGUGGGAUGAUACAUCUGGGCUUCACAUAUUUCCAAAUUUGUACAGUGAGACAAUUGUCGUUGAUUCUUCGUCAGCGCUUUGGAGUUCGACUUGGAAUUCUGAAAAAACUGCUGUUCUCUUGCUGGUGGACCCACAUUGUUCGUAUAAAACAAGCAUUGAUGUCUCUGUCACUGCAGCUGCCAGUAGAUUUUUGCUUUUGUAUAGCCCACAGAUAAUUGGUUUCUCCAUUGCUGUAAUCUUUUUUGCUCUGAUGCGGCAAGCACAUGCUUGGGAUCUUGAUCUGCCAGUACCUUCAAUGCUAGCAGCUGUGGAAUCCAAUUUGAGAAUGCCAUUGCCAUUUUUUCUCCUCGCCAUUGUCCCGAUUUUCGUCUCCUUGUUCCUAUCUUUUUUGAUGUCCCAACCUUUUCCUUCAUUUGCUAGCUUCAUCAUUGUCUCAGUGAUUUGCCAUUUAUUUGCAAAUGGGUCCAUUAUCAUUCUGAUUUUGGUAAUCCAAUCUGUCUUCUAUGUGGCUGCCUUCAUACAUAUUUUCAUUAAGACAAGGUGGCAGGUGUGGGAAGGAAAAGUUUGCUUCAUAUUUAUUCACUGGUUUAUAAAGCUGUCCUCCAGUUUUUCCUCGUUAAAGGUGGUAAGGGUUCUAAGAGUCAAUUCCUUACUUGUUACAGCACUUGUUGCAAUUACAUUGGCAUGCUUGGUUCAUCCGGCAUUAGGAUUAUUUGUACUGCUCCUGUCUCAUGCUCUGUGCUGUCACAGUAUGCUGUGCAGUUUUUUGACGGCUUCCUUUCGCAGCCAUGUACAAAGAAAAGAAUUAGUUGACUAUAAGAAUAAAGGCAAUGAUGGGUCUCAGCAAUUUACAUCCAAAUUUGAUGGAAGGUCUGACCAGAUAUUGCCUUUGGAAGAGAAGAGUUCCAAUAGCCUAGACUCUUCAAAAAGUUUCGGCGACACACAAUUAGAGAUGUUCCAUCAUCGGCAUGGCAUGUUGAUUUUGCAUCUUGUCGCAGCACUUAUGUUUGUUCCCUCACUCGUGGCUUGGUUGCAGAGAAUAGGGAUUGGUGAGAGCUUUCCAUGGAUCCUGGAUUCAGCUCUUUGCACUGGUGUCAUCCUUCAUGGUAUUUGCAAUUCAAAGCCGGAGUUCAAUUCCUUCUCUCUCUCUUUCCCAGGCGUCCCAAGCAGGAAAAUGAGACUUGACUUUGUCUAUCUGGUUGCUGGAUACUAUUCCUAUCUCUCUGGCUUGGCCUUGGCUCCAGACAGAGUGUUUUAUCCUAUGGCCACUAUUGGCCUCCUUUCCUUUGCUUUGAGGAUUGUACAGAGAAGGAACAGGGACAAGGGAGAGGUCAAUCUUGGGAGCCGAAAGCAUUCCCACCGACAUUGAGAAAAGCUUUACAAAAGUAAGAUCUUUUUUUUUUGGUUAGUGCCUUAGUGGGCAGCCAGAGCCUUGUUUCCCCUACACAAUCAUCUAUAAUCUGCCGACAGCAGUGACUUGUCCCAUAAAGAGUGAGGUGCUGUCGAGACCACUCCAGGAACCACAGUUUUGCUGUCGGAAUCAUCACAAGCAAGUGACGUUGUUUACAGGAAAAAGGACACAAUUCUAAAGGAGCAAAAAUGAAUCGAAUUGUAUCUGUGGCGCUUAUAGGCUGGGCCCCCUUUUCUUUUUUUCUUUUCUUUCAUGUGUUAGGGGGCCCUUUUUGUGUGUUACAAUGGGAGCGAAGUAUUGGCUUGUAAAGCGUGCUCUUAGCAGAGAGGGAAUGACUAUAGUUUGGGACUGCAUGUUCAAAACAAGCCAUGUGAAAAAUCAAAUCCUUCAAUUUUGAAGGUUUAGAAGA